CUUUCAUUCAUUUCACUUCAUCAUUCCAGUUUGGGUCGUUUGCGAUGACUUCCGACGCCCAAAUCAAUAAAUUUCUUACCAAGAUUGAUGAGAAAUCCAAGCAGCUGAGAAGUAAUGAUAUGACACGUGGCGAUCAGGAACUUUUGAAGAACCGCCGUCUCGACCUCAUUUGGGGCGAUCUUAUCGUCGAGAAGGCUGAUAGUCAGGAUGCACAAGUGAGUGCAUGGCGGAAAUCUCGAGCUCGUCGUGUCUACAGGGAAAUACAGGAUACAAACGAUCACUUGUUCCUUGCUUUCGUGUUGGUCAUCCCGCCAACAGAAUGUGUCAAAAAAAGCUUCGGCGACAUCAUGGAGUACCUUAUUCGCCUUAAAAACUACGAACCUUAUCGUAUAAACUUAAGCCCUGCUACCAAAAUGUUUUUCGAGUCAACUGCCGCAGAAAAAGGGCUCAACAGCUGCCCUUACUACCUCAGAUUUAUGCAAGCGUUAUUUCCUAAACGCGUCUACCCAUUGGAGAGUGGACAGCCUGCAAAACUGAGUCAUUUAGAUGCGGAAAGCAUUCAAUCGUGGAACGACCAGUCACCGGAUAAUCGAUCUCGAAAACGACAACGCACCUCAACAGACGAGGUAUAUCCACCAGGUGUGACUGACAGGGCUGGGUCGGAUGGUCCUGAUGCCGUCAUACGGCUCCUGGAAGCUCAUCCAAAGAGCGAUGAAGACGCUCGACAAACCACUACAGCAUCGCCAGCUGUUUCGAUCACUUGUUCCAACACACCUCCCAAUGAAAUGGAAAGCGGACCCACAGAGAAACACCUAGUACUGGAAAAUGCUUCACUACGAGGGAUCGCAGAAGUUUUUGACAACUAUAUCUGUGCUGCGAUCAGCAAAGUCACCGUCCAAAAUAAUGAAAACCCAUAUAACGCUGCUGUAACGAUGAACUUUCCUCCUCGUGGACUAGUUGAUUGUCUCAUGAGUCUGGAUGUCCACCAAAGCAAGGUGGGAUAUCUCGCGAUGGCUUUGUUCAAGGUUCGAGUGGAGUCGGUGGGACAAGUUCGGUAUGUCGGCCUAAAAGAUGGGGUCAGACUGACUCCCAAUCCCGAAAUUACCCUGAAAGGCGUUAUGGAUGAAGCUAUCAUUGAUGUGUUUGGUUCUGAGAUACAUGGGGCAAUAACCACGUGCCGUAUGCGUGAGAAGGAACUGGAGGAAGGAAAUAACGUCACUCAAUGCGUAUCAAUGAUACUUACAAGUAGACCUAGUGAUGGAGCUAUCAUCAACCUAUCACUUGGUUUGAAAGGUGGUUUUCAAAUACAAAACAAGCUAUAUACCUAGAAUGCAAUA